CCUUGUGCAUCAUCAUCAAGCUAAGGUCAUUCUCAUUCGGGAACUUAUCCAGUACUGCAACGCAGAAGCUACGGGGAGUUUUGCGGCAAAUCUACAGCCAGAAUGUCUCUGUCAAACAAACUCACUUUGGACAAGGUAGAUGUGAAAGGAAAGCGCGUGAUCAUGAGGGUUGACUUUAAUGUCCCCAUGAAGGAUAAGGUGAUAACAAAUAACCAGAGAAUUAAGGCUGCAGUCCCAUCCAUUCAGCACUGUUUAGAUAAUGGGGCUAAAGCUGUGGUCUUGAUGAGCCACUUGGGCCGGCCUGAUGGGGUCCCCAUGCCAGACAAAUACUCUCUGGAGCCUGUAGCAGCAGAACUCAAGAACCUGCUGGGAAAAGAUGUUCAGUUCCUGAAGGACUGUGUGGGUCCAGAUGUGGAGAAGGCCUGUGCGGACCCACCUGCUGGUUCUGUCAUUCUGCUGGAGAACCUGCGGUUUCAUGUGGCCGAGGAGGGCAAGGGCAAAGAUGCAUCGGGUAACAAGACCAAAGCAAGCCAAGCGGAAAUUGACUCUUUCCGAGCCUCCCUGUCCAAGUUGGGUGACGUCUAUGUCAACGAUGCCUUUGGAACUGCGCACAGAGCUCAUAGCUCCAUGGUUGGAGUGAACCUACCUCAGAAAGCUGCUGGUUUCCUGAUGAAGAAGGAGCUAGACUAUUUUGCCAUGGCCCUUGAGAAACCACAGAAGCCUUUCCUGGCUAUCCUUGGAGGGGCCAAGGUCAAAGAUAAGAUUCAGCUGAUCAACAACAUGUUGGACAAGGUGAAUGAGAUGAUCAUUGGGGGAGGAAUGGCAUUUACUUUCCUCAAGGUGCUCAACAAUAUGGAGAUUGGCACUUCCCUCUAUGACGAAGAGGGUGCCAAAAUUGUGAAAGACCUGAUGGCUAAGGCCGAGAAGAACGGUGUGAAGAUCGCACUUCCUGUAGAUUUUGUCACUGCCGACAAGUUUGAUGAGAAUGCCACUACAGGGACUGCAUCUGUUGCAGAUGGUAUUCCAGCUGGCUGGAUGGGUCUGGACUGUGGUCCUGAGAGCUCAAAGCUCUAUGCAGAGGCUGUAGCCAGAGCCAAGCAGAUUGUGUGGAAUGGACCUGUCGGUGUGUUCGAAUGGGACAACUUCUCUCGCGGAACCAAGAACUUGAUGGACAAAGUUGUGGAAGCGACCAAAAAUGGCUGCAUCACCAUUAUUGGUGGGGGAGACACGGCUACCUGCUGUGCCAAGUGGGACACUGAGGACAAGGUCAGUCAUGUGAGCACAGGGGGUGGAGCAAGUCUGGAGCUGCUGGAGGGUAAAGUUUUGCCUGGUGUGGAUGCCCUCAGCAACGUAUAAGCACCCUGAGGAUCUUCUACAAGAGGAUGGGUGCUCAUCUCCCAAAAUGCUGUCAUUCUUACUCAUUCAGCAUUUGUUCAACUAUUGGGGAAGCAAAUUUAUGGACCGCUAACUGUAUGCUGGGAUAGACUGUCUGACCUGUUUACUCAUACAUAUUCAGAUCAUCCAUUUGAUUAUCUUCAAUAAAAUUAUGUUUUUUGGACGGGAUUGAGAAAAAAGAGAGAUAGGGAGACUUCAUCAGUAAUUGCUUUUCCUGUAUUAUUGUUUUUGAGAAAUGGGUCAUUUGUUGUUCCCGCUUAAGUGUUAAUGUGUGCCAUCCCAUUAUUGUCUGAAUGUGUUUUUUUUGGUGUGUAGAGAUGUCUGUUGUCUCCUCACAGAUGUUGAGUACUUGUAAUACUGUAGACACUUUCCUCCCCAUAGUGCACUUGUCAUACUAGACCUGCAGCUUAUGAGAUAGAUGUUCUGCACUGGAAUUAUUAUGAUGGACUAAUGGUAGUCCCAAGCAUUCUGUUGUGGAAACGAACAAAGAUAAAAAUAUAUAAACACUC